AUGAAGCUCCUUUACUUCACAUCACUGAUCACAUUGAUCUACUUGGCAUCAUUGACCAAUGGUCAAGCAACUACAAGUUGUAAAUACACUAAUUCAAAGGGAGUCCAAUAUGAUUUCUCAACAAUGUCAAAUUCUACCUCAUAUACAUUCACUGACGGCUCGAGAAACACUUAUGUCUGGAAUAUAUGCGCACCAUCAGGAACAUGUUUCAACAACAACCUUAACAAGAACACAACUGUCUGCAUGAGGACGUUCAGCAACAGAUGGAACAUACUUGGACUGCUAGACUCACAGAAGUUUAUUGAAAAUUCCAAUGAUGCCAAUGGAGCAGUGUUGGUCUACUCCUACCCAACCAGCAUCAAGUGCCCCAACAACACAGUCACCGUUCCAACCACCAAUAUCAUGUUGGUCUGUGCUGAGGAGGCCACUUCAGUGAUCAGUGUUGCCGUCGACCCCGCCCAGCCAUGUGUCUACGACAUUAUAAUGGUUGGAAUAGGUGCCUGUCCAAACGACGACGAUGACAAACCACAUGGACUUGGUGGAGGAUGGAUAUUGGUCAUUGUCUUGGCAUGUUUGUUAGCCACUUAUGUGUUGGGAGGUAUCUUUAUCAAUCUUGGAAGAGGCCGCCGUGGAGUAGAGGUGAUUCCAAACCACCAGUUCUGGAUUGAUCUCCCAUCUUUGAUUAAGGAUGGUGCACACUACUUGUUCACAUGUGGAGGAAGCACAUCAAGAUCAGGUUACGAGCAAGUCUAA